AUGAGCACCUUGUCCCCUCCUGAGGACCUGUGUCCUGGGCCACUGCUGCUGUCCCUGUUCUCCCCACGCUGCCUCCUGCACUGCAGAGUCUUCAUGGUGGCCCCUCCCAUGGGAAGAAGCAGACACUCUCUGGUGGCAGACAGCUGCCGCCUGCAUCUCUGCCCUGGGCAUCCCUUCAGCUCCCUGCCCAGUUCCCUUCUGCGCACAGCAGGGGCUCAGCUCGCCCUCAGCUGUGGCACGGGGCGGGGGCUGUCCUUGUUACAGGGCAUUGCCGUGGCACUCAGUAUCGUGUCCCUGAGAUACCUGACGACAGUUCUGGACCAACUGCAAGCCUACGGCACCAAACUCACCGAUAAGGACACGUCGUCCAUCCUCAAACUGAUUAAGGAACACCAGCAAAGGGAGUGGGGGCUGGUCUGCAGCACCAUCUGCUUAAGCUACAGCAGGAUGAUUUCCGACAGGAAGGGCGCCCUCUUAAGGCACCUGGACGCCAUCCUGGCCUUGGUCCUGCACCACUACCACAACUGUGUUGUGGAAAAGGAUACGACUCUGAGGCUGAAUUACCUGGAUGCCCUGACCCAGAUGACAAGCACCCUGAGCAGCCAGCCCAUCUACCUGCCGUACAGGAUUCCCCACAAACUAGACCUUGUGGCCUCCAUGGCGGAGCUAAUCAGGGAGGAGCCACUGGACUGCAUCUCCAGCCCCAUUAGGCAGAAGGCAAUGAAUAUUGUCACCGACUUCAGGAAGCUCCAGCCGGUCUUGGACGUGGACAGCAGAGCAGAGUUCCUGCUCACGUGCUACAGGGCUGUGUUCUGCCUGCCCCCCGCCGAGGGCCUGCUGGAGGAGGCGUCCCACCUUACACAGGGCCAGACCAGCGUGGAACUGUUCGGGAUGACCCUGCAAUCCCUCCGGAGGCUCAUGGAAGCACUUGUCACCGAGAGGCCCGCUGAGAUCCAGUCAAGCCUGGAGCUUCUGGAGAUGUGGCUGAAUUCCCAGAAGGACCACGAGCGGGAGCGGGCCAUGUGGUGUGCUGCCCGUGUUCUCGGCUUCACUGUAAAUAUGGGUAAUUUCAAAAUGGAAAUUCAGUUCACCCGGCUGGGGCGCCUGGUGAGGAUGCUGGCCGUGCGCUGCCAGGACCCAGUGGACAACAUCUGCUUCUUGUCUGCCGAGGCCGUCUACAACCUCUACUCUGUCCUCCUGCUGCAAAAGCAGAUGGGAAGAAAAAAGCAAGGCUUGUGGGAAGAAGAGGGCAAGAACGAAGUCUAUAGCGCCAACAUCUUCUAUAAUAACACCUUUAAGAUCGGCGAGGCAUUUGCAGAGUAUUUCACCCAGAUGCAGCUCACCAACAUGGUGCUGAAGGCCUUGGAGGGCCUGACCGACAGCAAGGCCAAGUUGUCUCUGGCUUCUGCCCAGCUGAUGAGCGCUGUCAUGAAAGAGCGGGGCGGAGACGUGCUAAAGGUUGAGGAAAUUGCAGAGGGCAUCCUCCAACGGCUCUACUCGAAGCUGGAGCCCAGCACAAACGAGGAGACCCUGCAGGCCAUGUGUGCACUGGCAGGCAGCAACACCUGCACUGUCAUCCCCAUGCUGCUCAACAAGCCCCUGCCUUGGGACAGAAUCACUCUGGCCCUGUGGAGGGCGCUUGGCACCAAGCGAGACACCACAAUCAAUGUCCUGCUGCGGCUCAUCAGCAUCCUGGAGACAAACCACUCGAGGGAGGAAACUAGGGAGAUGGACACCCAGCCUGUGGCGGUGACAUGUGCCUUGUGUGAGAUGCUGUCAGGACCCCUGUGCCAGGAGGCUGUCCAGGAACUCUUCCCACGGCUGUUGCUGGCUGUGCUGUGUCAUCUCUACUGGGUGACUCAGCAAAAUGCUCCCCAGAAGAUGGUGGUGUACAACCGGGAGGGGGCCCCGGGCAGCAGGAGCAAGCCCUUUGACCCCACUAGUUGUGCCCUGAAGGUAGUGAAGUCAGUGCUACUGGCGGCUGCCUACGAGGGAGUUGUGGUCUAUGCAAAUGACUAUCACUGCUGGGACCUUCUGUCCAGCCGGAAAUCUUACUAUAUCGGGAUCAUGGACCUCACAAGUGCAAUGGUAAAGACAUGUGAACCCUCCGUUCUUCACCGAAUCCUGAACCCUGUCAAGAGCUUCCUCAACAACUGUGAUGAGGGUAGGAGGAUCCUGGCCAGGGCCUUCUAUGCACAGCUCCUCUGGCACCGAUCCGUGGCAGAGACCCAGAGGCAAGACUUUCUGGGCACCUUAACCCAGUGGAUCAAGGAUCCUAACCUCGUCAUGGAGGAAAUUGGCCUCCGAGGAAUCAGUAACCUGGCAUUACACCCAGCAAAUUCAGAGGCCCUCAAGAGCCUGGUUCCGUCCCUGCGAGUCUUCCUGAACGCUGAGGUGCGGGUGGUGGUGCAGGCGGUGAAGAGCCUGAGGAACAUCGUCUACCACGGGCACGGCGAGGACAUCAAGAGCAUCUUCUGCAGCAUCUGCCCGUACCUGCGUCCCCUCAUCAAUGACGAGAGGGAGCCGGUGAGGAUAGCAGCCAUCUCUGCCGUGGGCCACAUGCUGGGCCGGGUCAUCAAAUACAAGCCAGGAGCCCCCAUGAAGAAGGAACUGUAUAAAUUUUUGCUCCCUCUCCUGUUAAGCAUACAGGACAACAACACCGAGGUGGUCAAGGCCUGUGGAGGGGCCCUCACUGAAUGGGUGGAGGUCAUCGGCUGGUCAUCCCUGACCCACACGUUCCAGCACACCACCCUCAGCGACCACCUCCAGGUGAUAGAAGAAACCUGCAAGUACCUGGUGCACACAGGCAAAUACCAGCUCAUAGGGGAGUUGCUGUCCCAGAGCUUCGGCUUCCUGAAGAGCCCGCAGGCCUUCCUAAGGGCAGCUGCAGUCACGUUCAUAGGAUUCAUAAUUAAGAAGAACAAUAUGAAACAGGUAUGCGAGGAGGAUGUGCAGGUGAUACGGAACACUCUGGAAAAGAUGAACAACGACCCAGAACAAACUGUGAAGUCUUUGGCCCAGAGCAUCCUCAAUGAAGCUGACGCCAGUCCUACCUCCCAAUUCACCAGAACGUCCAGGAUCAGCAUAAUGGGCAUCAAAGCACGAGCAAGGAAGAAACACCUUUUCAAACAGGAAAAAGACCACCGGAAAGAGGAAAACCACCACCCUCCACUCCAAAGAGUUCUCCGUGCCCUGCGCAGGUGGCGAAAUAGGAGAGUGAGAAAUGUUCUCCAGUAAGAGGCUACGCCCCAUAAUAUGCUGAAAAUAAAUAAAUAUAUAUAUGUAUAUAUAUAUAUAAAAUACUGAAAUAAAAGAGGCUACAUAUCCAACAUCUCAAAGUCCAGCUAAGGCUGGGCAUGGUGGCUCACACCUGUACUCUCAGCCCUUGGAGACGCUGAGGCAGGAGGAUCACUUGAGGCCA